UAAAUUUGUAUAACAACAUGGCAACAUUGCGAACAGCUGAUUAAUUUGAUAAACAAAAAAAAAAAAAAAUAGACCGGGAUAUUGACAGCUUGUAGCCUUUACGUAAAAUGUUUUUUCGUUCGUUUGUGCGCACAGUAGCGCGCAGCCACUACUGCAGCACGAGGCAUUUCAGGCUAGUUGUUGGGCGACAACUUCCAAUUAACUUAACAGCCACAACCAUAACCAAAACAGUCGUUCAAAAUGUAACACGAAGGAAUGUUUACACCUGUGAUGUGCUCUGCAAACGACGAAAAACCGGAGAGGAGAAGAAAUCUGAUCGCAUCAUAGAGUAUUCGCCGAAAAAGAAGAAAAGUGGCGCAAAGUUAGAAGGUGUAGUGGAUAUUUGGCGCCACAUUUCCGUGCAAGAACUAGCAGAUUGUCUAAAACGUCCGUUAGAGAACGUGCAGGAGGUGAUGUUAUAUGUGAAGGGCGCUGACAAUAUAGAACCACAUGCACGUCUAGACGAUCUCAAAAUCAUACAAGAAAUAGUUAAUAAAUGUGGCGUGAAGACACGCAUCGUUUCUGCCCCAGAUGUAGAUGUGGAAGACUCGGGUGAUUUGGGUAAACACCAUGAUGUGUCACCACGCCCACCAGCUUCUGCAGAACUAUUGAAACCACGUCCACCAGUAGUAACUGUUAUGGGACAUGUGGAUCACGGUAAAACAACACUCUUAGAUUCCUUACGUGGUGCAGCGGUGGCUGCUGGUGAAGCCGGUGGCAUAACACAACAUAUUGGCGCUUUCACAGUGAAACUUAGUAAUGGUGAGCAGGUGACGUUCCUCGACACACCUGGUCAUGCGGCAUUUAGUGCAAUGCGUGCGCGUGGAGCGCAUGUCACUGACAUAAUUGUGCUAGUGGUGGCUGCCGAGGAUGGCGUUAUGGCGCAGACACGUGAAGUCAUCCAGCUGGCGCUGAAUGAGAAUGUACCUAUUAUUGUGGCCAUUAAUAAAAUCGACAAACCCGAAGCAGAUAUUGAAAAAACCAAACGUGAUUUGAUGCAAAUGGGUUUGGUGCUAGAGGAUCAAGGUGGUGAUAUACAAGCCAUACCAAUUUCAGCAUUGAAAGGCACUAAUUUAGAACUUUUAACGGAGGCUGUGAGUACGCAGGCGACCAUUAUGGGUCUCAAAGCAGAUCCUGCUGGACUAAUUGAAGGCGUGGUGGUCGAAUCUAAGACAGAUCCACAUAGAGGAAAGCUCUCCACUGCGAUUGUUACACGCGGCACUCUACGAAAAGGCGCCGUGCUCGUGAGUGGCUUAGCUCAUGCCAAAGUGCGAGGUCUCUUCGAUCAUAAUGGCAAACCAAUGACGCAAGCAGCACCCGGUACGCCAGUCGAGAUAUUAGGUUGGCGCGAGCUGCCACUAGCUGGUGAUGUUAUACUUGAGGUGGAAACCGAGAAAAAGGCGCAUUCCGUGUUGCGUUGGCGUGAGCAUGAAGCCAAACAGCACAAAGCCGAAGAGGCUGUUGAUGAAAUUCGCAAAAAAGAGGAGGAACAUUUGGCCAAAUAUCGCGCUGAGCGUGAUGCGCGUCGAUUGGCCGGCAAAUUUCGUAUGCGUUACGGACCGCGCGAAAAAGAAAAUAUCGAACAUGAUGAUGUGCCACGCGUUAGUAUUAUCAUCAAGGGUGAUGUGCACGGUUCUGUAGAGGCUCUACUCGACGUCUUCGAUACCUACACCAGCAAUGAACGUUGUAGACUCGAUGUUGUACACUAUGGUGUGGGAAAUGUCUCGGAGGGCGAUAUUGAAUUGGCAAAAGCUUUUAAUGCAAUCGUCUAUGGAUUUUCAGUGCCUGCACCAACGAAUGCGCCAAAAGACGUGACAAUACGUUGUUACGAUGUCAUUUAUCGGCUUAUCGAUGAUCUUAAAAAAGAAAUUAGCAGUAAACUGCCAGCAAUGGAAGUGGAAGAGAUUGUGGGCGAGGCGAAUGUGCUGCAGCAAUUCUUCAUUAACGAUGGCCGCAAAGAAGUGCCUGUUGCAGGCUGCCGUUGUGUUAAAGGUGUACUGAAGAAGGCACACAAAUUUCGUUUAGUGCGUGAUGACGAGGUUUUAUAUGAAGGUCAAUUGGAGUCUAUGCGCCAUUUGAAAAACGAAGUGGAUUCCAUAAAAAAGGACGUAGAGUGUGGUUUACGUUUCAAAGAUGCCAAAGUGGUGCCGCAAGCAGGCGAUACCAUUGUAUGUUACACAACGCGCAUGGAAGAGCAACAAACAGAUUGGGACCCUGGAUUUUAAUAUGAUUUGGUCUAAUGAAAUUCAGAUGUUUAGCAGAAAAGCGUUUGAAAUAGUUCGCGAUGGAUAAAUGGAAACUGCAUUUCUCGCAUAAGAAUAUUUCUAUGCAAUCCAUGCCCAUCAACUCUGCCAUGUUAACAAUAUUUUUAAAGUGAAUUUUUUUUAUAAGAUUUCUUAACUUCCUAUUUUAUUAAGAAUGUCAAUAAUUAAAAGACAUCAUUCUAAAAUUAAAAAAAUUGUAAAAAAUUACCUAUAAAAUGACAAACGAAUUACAAAUUGUAUCAACAAAAUAUUAGUUGAAUAUACGGCAUACUUUGUUAUCGGCGCCAAAGCCGCAUAGAAACAUAGAAAUUCACACUUCCUGUUGUUAUUCUUCAAACCAUUCAUAAGACUUGAAAUUAAAUGCCGCAAAAGCGCGCGCUUAACAAUGCUCAAUGUCACACAGUGUCUGAAUGUAAAACCUCAA